CAACUCUUAAUGGUUCAACAUCUAAUCUUGCGGACUCCUCAGGCCGACCCUAUACCACAUUGUUUUCUGGCCAGUCUGCGGCAGUGCCUGGGUUCCAUCCUUCUGGUGGUCUUCAAGGAUUGCAUAAUAUUCAUGGAAGCUUCAACCUGCCAAAUGUGCCUGGUUCGCUUGCAUCCAGAGAGGCCGCAAUGGGUGUUGUACCAUCAGGUGGUGUUCAGCAACCAGGAGGAAGCAUUCCUAGUGGACGGUUCUCAUCAAACAAUCUUUUGGUUGCAUUAUCUUAGAUGCCUCAUGGCUCUGGUGUCACAAAUAGAGGGGGUAUUAAUGUUGUUGGAAAUCAUGCUUUUAGUAGUAGUAAUAUUAAUGAAGUCACUGGGUCAAUAACUGGUAUUUCCUCAAGUUCAGCUUCUGGGAAUCGUAGUUCUGUUCCUGGUUUGGGAGUUUCUCCGGUAUUGGGUAAUGUAGGGCCAAGACUUACAAGCUCUGUAGGCAACAUUGUUGGCAGUGGUAACAUGGGAAGAAGCAUCAGUUCUGGAGGA